GUAUCUGGUACAACCUCCUGAGAGGCCUCAGCAAGGUCGCAGUCAUCGUGAACGCCUUUGUCAUCUCCUUCACCUCUGACUUCAUCCCGCGGCUCGUCUAUCAGUACAUGUACAGCCCUGACGGCUCCAUGCACGGCUUCGUCAACCACACUCUGUCCUACUUCAACGUCAGCGACUUCCAGCCCGGGACGGACCCUCUGCAGCCGAUGCAUCUGGGCUACAGGGUCGAAAUCUGCAGAUAUAAGGACUACAGAGAGCCUCCCUCGUCCAGCACGCCAUAUGAACUCUCGAAGGAGUUCUGGGCCAUCCUGUCCGCCCGCCUCGCCUUCGUCGUCGUCUUUCAGAACGUGGUGAUGCUAAUGAGCGACUUCGUGGACUGGCUGAUCCCGGACAUCCCCAAAGACAUCAGCCUCCAGAUCCACAAGGAGAAGAUCAUGAUGGUGGAGCUCUUCAUGAAGGAGGAGCAGGGCAAACGGCUGACCAUGCGGGAAAACCACAACCUGGACAACUCCGCCGCAGCCAGUCAGAGCCCGCCGCAGCCCCGCUCGCGACCCGUCUCGCACGCAAACUGCUCUUAAGCUCCUCGCUGCUGGGAGGAAAAAAAAGUGCAAACAAGCAAACAAGCAAACAGCACACCUGUACACAAACUGUAAAUAAGUUAAUCAGCUGCACGCCAGCUGUUCGAGGUUAGGACAGUCAUCCAUUAACACGUGGACAGGUUUUAAUAAUCAGCUUUUGCUGCGAAACAUAUUCACAUUCCUUAUUAAAGAACUGGUUGCCUCUUUUUAACACUUUUCCCACGUUAACAUUUUACAGCACGACAGACAGCCAUUGACCAAAAACUCAAAUAAUUGGACCAAACUCGCAGGAUUCACAAAACGUUAUUUAUUGGAUGUACUGUAUUUUGAAAGGAACAAGCCAUUCGCUUCGGAUGACUCUGGGAAAAUUCCUCGUCAAUGAGAUCAUCAUUCAGGACGUCCGAGAAAACAGAGCCAAACCCCACCUGCAACCUGAUGAGUCACGCUUUGCGGCCUCUCCCACGGGACUUGAAUGCAGCGUCUGUAUGUUUAAAUCCGUCCAAA